AGUCAUUCUCGGCAUUGUUCACCUGAAAGUUUAUCUAGGUUUCGAAAAAAAGUUAAUUAAAACAAGUGAAAUAGUGAAAGUAGGUAAACAUCGUUUCGUUAUCAAUCACCUGUGACGAAAAAGUAAAAUAGAUUCAAAACAAUGGCCGAGGAAUCAGGAUCUGGGUAUCAUCUACGAAGGCGACGUGGUCUUGGUAAACCGCAACUGGCCUUAAACCUGGAUCCGGGUUACGUGAACGAAGGUUGCAGUAAACUGGGUACCCCCUCACCAAGUUACGUGAAACUAACGCCCAGCGUCACCCCCAGCUCUGCCAGAUUGCUACAAGAAUUUAAGAAUAAACAACAAUCGUUCGAUAUACGGGUAGAGGAUUGCGAAGAAAUAGAAAUUAUUAUUGAGAGCGACGAAGAAGGUGAGGCUGAGGAAAAUGCGUCGGCGGUCGUACAGAAUCGCCCCGUCACUCCCACACCCGUACAGGAUUUCGGUACUAGUGUCGUCUACAUGGAAGGACCGCAAGCUUCCGAUUUUCUGAAAGUAAAAACAUUUGAGCAGGAUUGUUACACUGACGUCUCGGAUGCGGGUUCAGACGAUGAAGACGAGCAAUAGUCUGACAUAUUCAUAUUUCACACUACUCAUGUUAUAAAGCACUUUAAAUAGUAUGUUUAUUUACACAAUUAUAUAAAAUAAUAAAUAAAUAUAUUUCUAUACUAA